AUGUCGUGGAAGUUUGCUACAAAGUGCGAGAUGCGAUCCGAUGCGAUCAUGCGAUUAUGCGAUGCGACUCCAGAGCAGACCGCCCGAGACGUCUGGGUCACUCGAGAACAGAGCGGCUUGCGCACGCAAACUGCGUUCCGCCAGCACCAUAUGACCCCCAUCUACUCCAGUAAAGAAGAUGAGGAUAAUGACGGAGAUAACGGCGACGAGGACACGAAGGAUGACGAGGACGACACGAACUCGUUCGGACAGAAGCGAAAGGCGGCGGACACCGUCUAA